AUCGGAAGCGUCGCUGCGGAGGCCCAGCCCCACCUGUCAUACCCCGGGGAGUAUCAAGUGCGAUAACCCAUAGCGUGGAUCGUUCUUUUUUUAGCGUCUCUCUUUCUAGCAGGUCGGUCUCUUUAGUCUCUCCCUUUCUCUCCAGAGCUUCGACAGCUUUUCCAUGGCGUCUCUACGUAUGAUAGAUAUAGCCGUCAACUUCACCGACAACAUGUUCAAGGGUAUCUACAACGGCAGGCAAUGCCAUGCCGCGGACAUCCCUGCUGUGCUUACAAGGGCGUGGAGUUCCGGAGUUGACCGAAUCAUUGUUACUGGCGGGUCUCUGGAAGAAUCGAAGGAAGCCCUAGCCAUUGCAGAAACUGAUGGGCGGCUCUUCUGCACUGUAGGUGUGCAUCCUACCAGAUGCAAGGAAUUUGAAGAAAGUGGUGAUCCGGAACGACACUUCCAAGCACUCUUGUCAUUGGCUAAAGAGGGGAUUGAAAAAGGAAAGGUGGUGGCAAUUGGUGAAUGUGGAUUGGACUAUGAUAGGCUUCACUUUUGCCAACCUGAGAUCCAGAAAAAGUAUUUUGAGAAGCAGUUUGAAUUAGCGGAGGCUGUGAAACUACCCAUGUUUUUGCACAUGCGUGCUGCUGCGGAAGAUUUUGGUGAAAUUUUUUCGCGAAAUAAGAACAGGAUCAUUGCUGGGGUUGCCCAUUCAUUUACUGGUAGUGCUGCAGAUCGUGAUAAACUCUUACUGUUUGAUAAUCUAUUUAUAGGUAUCAACGGUUGCUCUUUAAAGACGGCAGAGAAUCUUGAUGUUCUAAAAGCUAUUCCUAUUGAGAGAAUGAUGAUAGAGACAGACUCACCAUAUUGUGAAAUUAAGAGUACUCAUGCUGGAAUAAAUUUUGUAAAAUCUAUGUGGCCUUCAAAGAAGAAAGAGAAAUAUGAGCAGGACUGCACUGUCAAAGGUCGUAAUGAGCCCUGUUUGGUCAGGCAAGUCCUUGAGGUGGUGGCAGGCUGCAAAGGAGUGGCUGAUAUAGAUCAAUUGAGUAAGACUUUAUACCACAACACCUGCAGGGUGUUCUUUCCCCAUGACUUGGACUCAGCAGCAGAUGCUCUUCUUGCAAGUGGCCAUGAUAUACAGUGAUAAGCUUUUACCCAUGACUUGGACUUGUUGUUGAGAUGCUCAUCUUGGUGUUCUUUCCCCAUGACUAGCACUCAGCAGCAGAUGCUUUUCUUGUAAGUGGCCAUGAUAUACAGUGAUAAGCUUUUAUCCAUGACUUGGACUCGUUGCUGGGAUGCUCUACUUGCAAGUGGCCAUGAUAUACAGUGAUAAGCUUCUAUCCAUGACUUGGACUCGGCAGCAGACACUCAUCUUGUAGGUGGCCAUGAUAUCCGGUGAUAAGCUUGUUGCUUUUUUACCGAUUUGAUGUAGUACCAACACUUGGGAUUUGCUCAUUUUCGAUGGAAGACAUUAUGGUUCCCUAUAUGGUAUUGUUGAGGAAGUUGUGACAUGUAAUUCUUAUCUUCCUAGAAUUGCCAUGAAAGCUAGAGAUCUGGUCUUUCUUUGGUAUCAGCUGUAUUAUUUUUGUGGUUCUAGAUUGGGAAAUCGGAAGUUGCUGGAAGCUCUUUACAUUUGAA